CGCCAAAGACUUCUCACGAGUCCUCUGCGCCGGAAACCGCCGUGACGAGAGAGAGAGAGAGAGAGAGAGAGAGAGAGAGAGAGAGAGAGAGAGAGAGAGAGAGAGAGAGCUGAGGUUAUGGAGCGAAAUAGCUAUAAUUUUCAUACGGAGAAGAGAUCCGCAGCGUUCGAUCCAGGUUCAGGUUUCGGAUCUUCGAAGAGGGUCAAAACGCAUCACACGCAGCCGCUCCCGCCUCUGGUUGUUCCGGUAGGACAUGCGGCAUUUCGAUUGCUCUGCCCUUUGUCGCAAGUCGGCGCGGUGAUUGGAAAAUCUGGAAGCGUAAUCAAACAGCUUCAACAAUCAACCGGAGCUAAGAUACGGGUGGAGGAGCCUCCGCUUGGAUCUCCGGAUCGGGUCAUUACGAUCAUCGCACAAGUGGUUUCGAAAUCAAGUGUAAAAUUAGGAGUUAAUAACAGUGGAAACGCAGAGUCGGAGAAGGAGGAGGAAGUUGAAGUAUCUAAAGCACAAGGAGCGUUGAUUAGAGUUUUCGAACUUUUAGCUGCGGAAGCGGAUAGUGAUACGGUCGUGUGCCGAUUGUUAACGGAGUCUAGCCAUGCGGGUGCUGUGAUAGGCAAAGGUGGUCAAAUGGUGGGCAGUAUUCGGAAAGAAACUGGCUGCAAAAUUGCGAUACGGACUGAGAAUUUGCCGAUUUGCGCCGACACUUAUGACGAGAUGGUGGAGAUUGAAGGAAAUGCUAUCGCUGUGAAGAAAGCUCUCGUAUCUAUCUCCCGCUGCCUGCAAAAUUGUCAAUCGGUUGACAAGAUAAGGGUGGUCGGAAACAGACCCCUUGAAAAAGAGUUCCAAGCAUCUAUGCAUAGACCCAUAGAAACAAUCAUUCAGGAGUCACUUCCUAGGUCCGUCGAAGUUAACCCUUAUGAUUAUAGACAGAGAAAAGACGAGAUGUUUCCUAGGGGCAAUUUAGGUCGGCCAAAUGAUGUGAUUCCACUUCCACGCGAUGCUUUGCAUCAUAGGCAUAUUGAGGCAGACCGGCAAGAUGCUUUAUUCAUGCAUGUUGAGGCAGACCGGCAGGAUGCUUUACGCAGGCAUAUGGAGGCGGACCAGCAAGAUUCUUUACGAAGGCAUAUGGAGGCGGACCAGCAAGAUGCUUUACGCAGGCAUAUUGAUAUGGUUCCUCGAGAAACGUUAUACAGGCCUUCUGAUGCUGUCAGGGGAGAUGUUUUUCGACAGUAUAGAGAGAGGGAUGAUUCUCAUGAUUUCUUGCAUAGACCUUUCGAGAUGGUUCAACGUGAUACUAUGGGCAUGCCCUUUGAGUCAUUUCCACGUGAUGCUUUUGGAAGGCCUAUUGAAACAAUCCCCCAAGAAACUCUUUGUCGACCUAGUGCUGAUUUUCUUGCACAUCGUUAUUCAACUCUUGAUACACAUCCUCACAGCAUCAUUACGUCUGCUCCAAUGACUAACACUGCCACCAGUAAGCCACCUCUAUCAGAAAUCGAUGUAGUGAACCAAGAUGUGGUUUUUAAGAUACUUUGUUCCACUGAAAAUGCUGGCGGAGUUAUUGGGACUGGGGGUAAAGUUAUCAGGAUGCUUCAUAGCGAAACAGGUGCUUUCAUAAAUGUGGGAAAUACACUUCCUGACUGCGAAGAACGUUUGAUUGCAGUAACUGCACCAGAGAACCGUGAAUGUCAAACCUCGCCAGCCCAGAAAGCUAUUAUGCUUGUUUUUUCUAGAUUAUUUGAGCUUGCCACUAAAAAAAUCCUAGACAAUGGCCCAAUGACAUCUAUCACUGCGCGGCUUGUUGUCCCAACAAGUCAGAUUGGUUGUUUGCUGGGAAAAGGAGGUGUUAUUGUUUCAGAAAUGCGGAAAACGACUGGGGCUACAAUUCAAAUUUUGAAGGUUGAGCAGAACCCAAAAUGUGUUUCAGAGAAUGAUCAAGUUGUGCAGAUUUCAGGAGAGUUCCCUAAUGUGAGAGAAGCCAUUUUCCAUAUUACGAGCAGGCUCCGAGACAGUUUCUUCUCCAACGCAAUGAAAAUUUCUGUAACCAAGAGCAGCUCCACCUUAACUACAGAGAGAAUCUACCAUGGACAAUCAGAUAAACCUCUGUCUAUUGGGUCUCAUCAAUCCGUUAGUAAUCCACCUCUCAUCUCUUCAAGUCUGCACAGAAGAUCUGAUGAUUCCUUUUUAAGCGGGUCUCAUUCUUCAGUUAACUAUUCCAGACAUGUUGGCAUAGAUCCCAACAUAAGACCAGAAGACCCGUUUCCUGAUAGGUUUAAUCCCGCAGCAGGCUAUUCUCCUAAUUUUGGUCGGCGUUUCACCAUGGACCACAACAGUGAUAACUCCCAUCACUUAACUGAGGCCCCAUCUCGUUUGUGGGUGUCCCCGCCACCGGCAGCUCCAAGAGGCUUAUCUGAUGCCAGUGGUGGAUUAUCUUCCACAAGGGCUGGCCAUCCACUUGGCAGUGGACACAAAUCUGCUAUCGUUACAAACACAACGAUGGAAAUUAGAGUUCCAGAAAAUGCUAUGAGAUUUGUGUAUGGAGAGCAUGGCCACAAUCUGGAGCAACUGAAACAGAUAUCGGGUGCGAGGGUCAUAGUACAUGAACCUUCUCUAGGAACAAGUGACAGGAUCGUAGUCAUAUCUGGGACACCUGAUCAAACCCAAGCUGCUCAAAACCUCCUUCAUGCCUUCAUCCUUACAGGUGAAACAUCAUUGAUCAAAAGAUACAACCUAAACUAGAACCACACAGUUGUCACCAUCACCAUACAGAUAACCAAAAAAAAUAAACGAGCUCUCACAUGUUUCUUGUUUUAUUUAAUCUUUGUCUUAUUUAUUAGAUCCUUGAACUCUUGUACAACAUCUUUUUCAUUGCAAGUACUUUGAUGGAAUCAGUUCAAUGCCUUCCCUAAAACUUUCGUCUUGUAUCACACAUUUUACUAAACAUGGAACUGAGACUGGAUUGAAAGGAGUUUAGAGGAAAAGUCACUGCUAUAGAAACCGAGGUUUCACAAAAAUAUCUAGCAGAGAAUAAUCUUUACAAAAUGAAAAUUUGAGAACAAUGGGUCAUAUGUUUCUGGCCUUGGAGUGUUGAAACUUGCGCAGAAUUGCUUUGUACAUGAAUUUUUUUUCUUUUUAAGCUUGUUUCACCUUCUUUAGCUAUGAAAAUGGUAGAAACAUUACACAGUUCCAAAUCAAGGCCACUAAACUGUUACCCUUAACCUGUCACUGAUGGUUUUGCGAGACCCUUCACUGGCUUAUCAUAUUCUCGGUACUUUUCUUCUAUCUGGUUCAAAACUACCAAAUAAGCUGAAAUGUAAGACUUUAAACAUAUUUGAUCUACACUAAUCUAGUCAGUAAUAAUGAUGAAAUAAAUUUAAGACUUACAUGCGUUAAAAUCCAGUGUAACAAGGCGUAAAAAAAACUCUGAAAUAUGGGUUUAUCUUCUAGACUCAUGAGUGUAGUGUUCAGUUGGAUAUUCGUAUAUUUUGUACUCUGCGUUUGUUGGUUACCAUCCAAAAGAUGAAGAUCUUCUAUGGAGUAUAAAACUACCAGACAGGGUCAGAAUCAGAUGGGGAGCCAAAAAAAAGCAUUCAAGACAAGGCUAUUCAAGACAAGGCUAUUAUGUAUUUCCUUUUUAUUACAAGUUUGUAUGCUCUAUUUUGUACGAGGAUGAUUAGUCUUGUAAUUAUGUUUCUUUUGCUUGACUAAAAAUUAAAAAUGUGAUGGACCUGUGACUGCCCAAAAAGAAGAAUUAAUGGGCAUGCAUGUAAUAAUAGUAAAGAUUUAGUGGGCUUUUCUUAUU